CAUUGUAAUGAGCACAAGCUGGAUGCGGUGAAUGCAGCGUCGUUCGGAAAGCUGAUUCGGUCCGUGUUCAACGGUCUGCGGACCAGACGACUCGGCACACGAGGCAACUCCAAGUAUCACUACUACGGCAUACGUAUCAAAGCCGAUUCGCCAUUAAUGCAGUGCCACAUCCCCGAACGCUACUCGCCACACGAAGCAUCGGCGCCGAUUUGCCGGCCGUCCCUCAAACGCCCCAACACGGCCGAUGUCCGUACAGAACAGCCGACCGGCAAG